AGUUUACGGUUUAACGUCUCGUACUUGUCGUUCCUUUUAAGCGCGCGCACCUAGCUUACGGCAGUGAACACGUGACGAAGCGGCUGCCACGUGCUUCGACCCCAAAAGACACGUGUGUAGCGUGCUAGUGUCCACCUCUGUACCGUCGAGCCUCUUCCGUCCAUUUCCGUGUACGACAACGAUGCGAUCUCUCCGAUCCUUGUCGAUCCUUAGUUUUAUACUCGUUCUCUUCUCACCACCGAUCACUGCCCUCGACAAACCAGAGACCGUGCUCCUGAACUUGCUAACCAAACCCUUUGCACCCUCCGAGGGUGCAUCCGAGCAAUGCCUGAAAGACAGCGCGAAUUACUUGACGGAAAUUACUCGGUAUGCGGCCUGGGCGCUUCAGAUGUACGAUGCGUCCGUGAAAAUUCCGUCGGGUAUAAUCACGGGCAAUUACAAGCUACUAGGCAAUUACGAUGAGUGUCUGCGAGCGAGAAGCGAACACGGAUUUACCGGGAAGGCCUGCACCGCCACGGUACAAUUUGACAUCGAAAAGGACAACGGUACACCUCGGGAAUACGAUCUGGGCGAUCUGCUACUCGAUGUAGCCGUUGCGUCGGGUACGAAAUGGUCGUUUGGUAAAACGGUGGCAUACGAAUGGAUGUGGUGCGUUCCUUCGAGUUGCAACCAUACGGAAAUCCAGAAGGCAUUGGAGAUCGCCCUCGACCCUCUUAAGAUAAAAGGUCGGGUGGAUAUGACGGUAAACGUUGACGAAAACUCCUGUCACACCGCAGAAACGGAUCGACCAGUCCUCGACGUAACCGAUUGGAUUUACAUAUCGAUCCUUGUGACAUUCGCGGUGACGAUUAUCGCCAGCACGAGUUACGAUAUCGUCAACCAAGGCCGUCCGAGUGCGUUGAACCGAAAAGAUACGAGAGACGUUCUUCUGACUUCGUUCUCGAUCUACACAAACGGAAGAAAUCUGUUGAAAACGGACAGACAUAGAGAUUCUAUCAGAUGUCUGGACGGUUUACGUUAUUUGAGCAUUUGUUGGAUAAUAUGCGGUCAUACGCUUUAUUGCGAAGUCGUCAGCGUUAAAAUGAAUCUGAACGAGGUCCCAUCGAUGCACUUGAAUUGGGCCAACAUGUUGCUGCUCAAUGGGAAUAUAGUCACCGAUACGUUCCUCCUUCUGAGCGGAGUGCUGAUGGCUUACACGGCGAUAGCUAAACACCGGAAGAAUCCGAAAGGACGUUUAAACGUGAUCGGUCUCUAUCUGCAUCGAUACAUAAGGCUGACUCCAGCGUACGCGAUGAUGAUCGGUUUCUAUGCCACGCUGUUUUACAAACUUGGAACCGGUCCGCGCUGGGAUCAAUGGGUCGGAGAAAAUCGAAACUUUUGUCGGGAAAAUUGGUGGACGAAUCUCCUUUACGUCAACAACUUUGUUAAUCUACCAAGAAUUUGUAUGUCUCAAUCUUGGUAUCUGGCGACCGAUAUGCAACUCGCGUGGCUCUCACCGAUUUUCUUGUAUCCUAUGCUCAAGUUUACGCGAGAUAUCUUCUUUUGGUUAAUUAUUGUCACGAGCCUCGUCGUCUCUGUCCUGGUACCAUUUUUAAUAACUUUUAUCCAGCGACUACCAGCAACUAUGCUUUAUUACAAGGAUCCCCUGUCAGUGGCCGACGUUUACGUGCAAAUCUAUACAAAGGUUUACACCAGAUACGGGUCUUACGUAAUCGGAUUGGUUCUGGGUUACAUUUUGCACAAGACACGGUCGCGAGCUGUGGAAAUACGUUCGGUUUACGUGAUUGUUGGUUGGUCGAUUGCUGCACUGUCCGGCUUGUUCGUCUUUCUCAGUCCUCGAUGGAUGUACUUUGACGAGCAUCCUUACGACAAGGUGGAAGCCAGUUUUUACGCAGGUUUCCACAGGCAAAUCUUUGUCCUGUCCAUUUCUUGGUUAAUUUUCUGCUGCGUUCAUGGAUACGCUGGUUUCCUGGGUGAUGUUCUCGGCUGGAAAGGAUGGGUUCCCUUCGGCAAACUGACCUACAGCGCUUACUUGUGUCACUAUGUGUUUAUGCUGUCGGAAGCUGGCACGGCUCAAACACCUGGCGUAAUUUCGCUAAUGUCAAUUCUCCGGAGCUUCUGCAGCAACCUGUGCCUCGCGAUGCUACUCGCCGUCAUCUGGAGCCUUUGCUUCGAGAUGCCCUUUAUGACUCUGGAUCGCGCGUUGCUCUCCCACGGAAAGAAUCGGUCGACGAAAUCGAGCCAAACGAAGACGUACAGUUUUGCCGAGCCGAGCAAAGAGAGCUAUCGUUCCACGAACCAAUUAUCGUCCACGUUUUCGCAGAGUUUCGAUGAUGGCUCGGCGGAACGGAAGCCCGGCAAAGAAUGCCUACACACUUCCGAGGGGAACGUCGGUGUCGUUGACGGACGAGCAUUCCUGGACCAACGCGAGGAACGUUCAUUUAAACGACGGCUUCGACGGAGACUCGGACAAUUCGUUGCAAUCGAAAAUGGACGCGCGACUGGAUCGCGGUCGUGGAUACGAGUCGACGCCGACGCCGACGCCGACGCCGACGCCGACGCCGACGCCGACUUUGAAGCAAAAUUCGAUUCGGAACCAACGAUCCGUCGAGACGAGUCAAACAAACCACGCGGACGGUUGGUAAAGUGCUAUUAUAUAUAUUUGUUCGUCGAGGUAAAACGAGCUUGCAGGUCGAGUGUUUGUUUACCAUAUACGAGAAUAGAAAAAAAGUAACGGUGGUUAGAUUGUAUCAUAGGAUAACGAAUAUAACGUGCGACGAGACUAGAAUGCUCUGUCAAAUUAACAAACAAAGGGAAAAUGCGUAUUUGUCAACAUUUUCCACGUGGCAAUAACGUGCCAUAAAAUAGCGUUGUUGCGAAUGUCGGGAGGUUGCAGGUUCGAAUCUCCCCGAGAGAAACAAUUUCUUUUACUUUUACGAUACGCGUACAAUACGAUAUUACGAUACAUCUCGUUCCAUUCGUCUGAUUGUUAUUGUAUAUUCCGUCGCUUUGAAAUGUUCUUAUGGUUGGCCGUGAAUGGCGUUUCCUAAAAAAUACUAUGUAGAAAGCGACGAUAUCGAAAAGAUAUCCUAACGAUUAUCCUAAUUAAGCUACAGGUUUUCGUUAAAGUUGAAGGGGUAACUAGUUUCGAUUAGUCGGUAAUGGAGUAGGAAUGUUAAAUGAAACAGAGUUGGGCGACGCGUGUUACGAAACAUUGCGAAAAAAGAGAGCGGGCGACAUGUGGGAAUUGGGUGACAUCGUUAACGUAUACGCCCCGGUUCGAAGCCGCGCGCCGCUCGACGCCGACGCGCGACGGUUUCAAGGGUUGCGAGUAUAGUUCGAGCACGCGUUUAAAACGCCCUUGGGACAUUCUCCCUUCCGUGGGAAAACGAUUCUCGCAUUUUUCACCAACACUCGACGACGGUCGAGUAAGUGGUUGGAAAAGGUUCCGGUCCGCGGAUUUUUCCGACUUUUCAGACCUUUCGGACGAUUAACAAGUUGAACGGUGAACCGAACCAACGAAUCAGUCUGUCUCGUUUCCAAAUAAACGUCUUAUUAUUUAUGAUAAAUGUGCGAUAAUCGAGGCAGUGAUUCGACAACGAAACCACUCUACGAACCGCAUUUUCCCGUUCGAAUGUAUAGAGAGAGGGUGUUUGGACCGGAUGUUUUGCGUGGACCGAUGCAUUUGGUAAUUGCGGAGGCAGCAUGGAUAUCGUGAUUGCGUGAAUUGGGGUGAGAUUGCCGGGCACCGACAGCCACUAACAGCGGAACGAGACCCGAGCCGACACCCCGGAGCGACCAACAAAAAGGGACCGAAUCUCCAACGGAUCGGUAUCCUAACGUAACGUAACGUAACGUAACGUAACAUAACGUAACAUAACAUAACGUAACGGGCAUCGAUGUUGUCUCCUUUACAUCUGCGAGCCCACCGUUUUUACGCAAUGAAAACGCACUCGAGAGACAUUUCUCCCCCUCUCUAUUCUCUUGCAGGUUUAUUUAUGUGAUUGCCAUGAAAUCAAUUCGUCCACGGACGAUCUGGCUCUUUUCCACGCAUUAUUAGCAUGCACAAUGAGUCGGCAGGUCUGUCGACUAACAUUUCGAUAUAUUUACCGUUGCCGAAUUUAUACAUACUAUACAUGCACGUAUAUCUAUAUGUAUAGUAGGGGAAAACGAAGAAUGCGCAAACAGAUGUUUCCAAACCUUUUCCAUCUUUUCUCAUCGUAGACGUCGCGAACGUUAUUUGCACGAAAUUUCUUUUAUUUAUAUGUACAUAUAUAUACGACAUACUUUUUUAAUAAUAUACAAGUAAAUAAAUAAAAAGAGUCGCAAGGGAAGGAACAAGUGCAUAGAUUCGGGAUUGUGGAGUUGGCGCGAUAUGUGAUGUGUGACGUGUGACGUGUGACGUGUGACGCAUAGCCACGUUACGUUGCUUCCGUUCGGUAUCUCGAAUUUCAAGUAUACCGAGUCGGAUCGCUGUGCUCUCGAGGUUCUCCAAUUUCUAGGAAACCGAUCGCGGGGCCACAGCUCUUUUUGCGAUAUCAACGGAAUAGAAGAGAGACGAGUCUCGCGAUGGGACUGGCGCCGACCUCCCUCGACGUUGCCUUUUCCGGUUUCCCUUAGCCAAACGAACACGUUUUCUUCAAAGGUCCAGCUUGUGUCGCGCGCCACCGUACAACACGUCCGCCGUAGUAAACUGUAAUCCGAAGCUCCAUCUGUGACAGUUUGUCUAUUCCCCGCACAAUACGGACACCCAGAACUUGACCUGACCUGAGCCGACCUGGUUCUCGUAAUCGCAUCCUGGAACCUUUUCGCGUCAAACGAAAUACGUUGGACGUUGACGUCGACGAGUACGUAUACGUCCUUGGACAAGGUCUCGCCAACAGUCGGCUCGUUCGGAUGGAAAGCUCGUUAUUUUUUUCCUCUAGGAAAUCGGUCGAAACGUGUUCGUAAGACACGUUACGAAAAGUUUGUUCCGCGCCGGAACGUUCGCGGAACGUGAAAGAAGAGGGGGCAAGAAAAGGAACAAGUCGGACGGCUUGUACUAGUGUGAAACACGAAGAGGCCCCUAUAAAAAGGUUCAAGUGGUUGCACAUGAGAGGCUUUAGGCUUUAGGCUUUUCGGAUACCUACGUCAACGUUUAUUCUUUCUUUCUUUCUUU